AAAUCAACAAUAGGUACAGGAAGAUUUGACACAAAGUAUAGUGGGAUAAAAUGUUUAAAAACUUGCUACAGUCCAUUAUGACUUAAAAAUGUCCAGAAUGUUACCAGCAGCUUUAUUUGUUGUACUGGCCACCCUUACUUUUGCCACAGCUGAGAUUGUGGUACCCGAUGAUUUGAAAGAUUACAUUAACGAGCUGCAUGACCACUGCUUGAAAGAGAUGGGUUUAACCGAAGGUGAUCACAAAAAUUACAACAUUCAUGUUAAGGACCCGAAAAUGAUGUGUUAUAUGAAAUGUUUGAUGACCACUUCAAAAUGGAUGAACAUGGAUGAAUCGAUUCAAUAUGAUUUUAUUCUGAGUAGCGUCCAUCCGGCUGUGAAAAAUAUUUUACUUCCGGCGCUAGAUAAAUGUCGUGAUAUUCCAAAAGGAACAAUGGAGUGUGAAAAAGCUUACAAUUUCAACAUGUGUCUGUUUAAUGCAGAUCCAGAGAAUUGGUUCUUCAUUUAACUCACCUGCGUUGAAUUUUGAUGGAUUAUGGAAUUUUGACACGAACGUUGCGUUAUAAUAAAUACUACUAACUAAAUAUGUAGAUACUAACAAUAAUAAUGUACUGAAUAAAUAGACUUGCAUUAAA